UGCAAUUAAAUUCCUCGCAUAUAAAUAUGCGGAGGUUUGCCACAAACACAUUAUAUUCAGUUUAGAUCUUUGAGAUUUAACAUCUUCUUCUUCUUCUAAGUCAAAACAGCAAUCUUUGCCAAGCCCAACAAAGAUGUUCAGAUUUUUCGUAGUCUCUGUUGCCAUAUGCGGUCUUGCCUUGGCUGUGGAUUACCAGGCCGAAACCCGCAGUUUUGUUAACGACAUCCAGGAGGAUGGCAGUUACAAUUACCAAUUUGACACCACGAAUGGUAUUGCCCAGCAAGAGUCGGGCGUUGGGGGACACUAUGCGACGGGUUCAUCGCAAUACUACACACCCGAAGGAGAAUUAAUACAACUCACCUAUACAGCCGAUGAAAACGGUUUCCAACCCCAAGGCGCUCAUUUGCCUACUCCCCCACCAAUUCCAGAAGCCAUUCUCAAGUCUUUGGAAUAUAUUCGCACUCAUCCUUACCAUGAAGAGGAGGAACAACGUCAGCAUCAUCAUCAUGAGCAACAGGCCUCCACCGCAAGACAGCAGCAACUGCAACCUCAACCUUUCCAGCACCAACAGGCCCAACAACAAGGACCCUACCGUAGAUUCUAAAGGUAGUCCAGCAUACCAAUUGUUCGUGAUUGCGACACUGUGAUUCCAUUUCUCCUCCACCUCACUUCAUCGACUUUCCCAUUCCCCAUCUUUCACAUCGCUCAUCGAACUUCGUAGGAUCCUUCUUCCAUUGCCAACAGAUUGCUUGUCUAACCUUUUUGCGGGCAGUGCCUUAAGCUU